CCGAGGAGAACAUGGAGGCUCCAACGCAGCGUCCGCUCGGCUCCCCAUUGGUGGCGCUCCUGUGAUGACUGGGCGCGCACCACGUGAUUAGUGAUGCUCCUCACAUGAUGAGCGGCGAUGCUCAGCAGAUCGGCGCUCACCACACCAUAACGACGAUGCUGCUGAUCGGAUGAUGCUCGCUGGUCCACACGUUCGGGAUGCCGAAUACGGGGGGGAUGACAGUGAUGCCGAUGCGAGACGGUUAAUUUCUGGCUCCGUAUGAUGUCUCUUUUUUUCUGUUAAAUAAUCAUUAUUAUCAUAUUGAAUAGCGGCAAUAUGGCACAUGCCAUGGGUGUCUGAGGAUCCCCAGACCUGUUUACAGCCUCGUUUACCGUCUUGAACGCGUCUCUCUGCCCUUUGAAGGUUUACCGCUGGCAGUGCGUGCGAUCGGACACACAGAGGUACAGUGUGUUACUGCAGGACUAUGGAUCUCUGAUUAUUAUUAUUAUUAUUAUUAUUAUUAUUAUUAUUAUUAUUAUUGUGUGUUGCUAUUCUUAGUGUCUGCUGGGCACCGCGUGCCGCCGGGAACAAAGCGCGCCGCCGCAAUUCACUUCUAUCAGAUACGUUGUAUCAGAAGCGCCGUUAUUAAUGAGCGAUAUUAAUGGACGCAGCGGAUAUGAAGUGACUGGACAGCGAUGGAAACUGGUCUCCCUGUGAAUCCGAAUCCGGUGCCGGAAUAAAACUGGUUAUUAAAGUCUGGAUUCUGACGUCUGGCUGAAGGAGAGCAGCUGUGAGACAGAGAGAAACCUGGACAUGAGGAGAAUCUGCACCUGAGCAGAAUAUGGACAUCAGCAGGUGCUGAGCCUGAGGGGAACCUGAACCUGAUGAGAAACACAAAGCUACCAGAUGACAGACCACAGAGGCCACAGAGACCAUAGAGAAAGACUACAGGGCAAAUGGCAAGGGAAUAACUGUUCUGCUGCAACGAGUUGUAACAGAGAAAAGCUGUACAGUAAGAGGGUUACAGGGCAGGGUGUUUGUUCUGGACUAGAACGUUGUAGAGUAGGGUGUUUGUUCUGGACUAGAGUGUUGUAGAGUAGGGUUUUUGUUGUAGAGCAGGGUGUGUGUUGUUUCAGAGUGUAGAGUACGGCGCUGCGAGAAGAUGGGCUCCUUGUUUCGGAGCGAAGAGGUGUGCCUGGCGCAGCUCUUCCUGCAGUCGGGCUCGGCGUAUGACUGCAUCAGCGAACUGGGUGAACUGGCUCUGGUUGAGUUCCGAGAUCUCAACCCCAAUGUAAGCUCCUUCCAGCGCAAGUUUGUUGGAGAGAUAAAGCGGUGUGAGGAGAUGGAGAGGAUUCUGGGGUACCUCCUGAGGGAAAUCAGGAAGGCUAGCAUCGCCCUACCCGAGGCCGAGGUUAGCCCAGCGGCUCCUCAACCCCGGAACGUCCUGGAGAUCAUGGAGCAGCUCCAGCGACUGGAGGUCGAGCUGAGAGAGGUGAACAGGAACAAGGAGGAGCUGCAGCGGAACCUGGUGGAGUUCACCGAGUACACGCACGUGCUGAGGGUCACGCACAGCUUCGUGCAGCGCAAUUCCGAGCGCGAGUCCCUGGGUCCCCAGUAUGAGGAGUUCCCCUGCCUGGAGAAGGACUCUGUGACUGGAUACACCAGCAUGCAGCGCCUGGGGGCCAAACUGGGGUUCAUCUCGGGUCUGAUCCCCCGCAUGAAGGUGGAGGCCUUUGAGAGGCUCCUGUGGAGAGUGUGCAAGGGCUACACCAUCCUCAGCUACUCAGACAUGCAGGACAGCUCGAGGGACCCCAUCCUGGGGGAAAACUCCAUGGACACCGUGGUGUUUCUCAUCUCCUUCUGGGGAGACCAGAUCGGCCAGAAAGUCCAGAAGAUCUGUGAAUGCUACCAUUGUCACCUGUACCCGCACCCCGAGACGGACGAGGAACGCUGCGAUGUCAUGGAGAGCCUGGCCACUCGGAUCCAGGACCUGCACACCGUGCUCAGCAGGACAGAGGAUUACCUUCGCCAGGUCCUGAAUAAGGCCUCCGAGUCCGUGUUCACCUGGGCUAUACAGGUGCAGAAGAUGAAGGCCAUUUAUCACACCUUAAACAUGUGCAGCUUCGACGUGACCAACAAGUGCCUCAUUGCGGAAGUGUGGUGCCCUGUGGAUUCACUGGCGGCCCUGCGGGGGGCGCUUGAAGAGGGUUCUAGAAGAAGCGGAGCCACGGUUCCUUCCUUCGUCAACCGCAUCCCGAGUCACGACACACCGCCCACUCUUCUCCGUACCAACAAGUUUACCUCUGGCUUCCAGAAUAUUGUGGAGGCCUAUGGGGUGGGCUGUUACAGGGAGGUUAACCCAGCUCCGUUUACCAUCAUCACGUUUCCCUUCCUGUUUGCCGUGAUGUUUGGCGACUUGGGUCAUGGCAUGGUCUUGGCGCUCUUUGCCCUGUGGAUGCUCUUUCACGAAAACAACCCACGGGUGAAGCGCAGCAGGAACGAGAUCUUUAGGAUCCUCUUUGAGGGACGAUACAUCAUCCUAAUGAUGGGCAUCUUCUCUGUCUACACGGGACUCAUCUACAAUGACUGCUUCUCAAAAUCGCUUAACAUCUUUGGCUCGGGGUGGAGCGUCAGGGCCAUGUUUUCCCAGGACCAGUGGACGAAUGAAACUCUUCGAGCAAAUGUCUUGCUCACCCUUGACCCAAAUGUCUCCGGUGUCUUCAGUGGUCCGUACCCCCUCGGGAUUGACCCUAUCUGGAACAUGGCAUCAAACCGCCUGACCUUCCUCAACUCUUACAAGAUGAAGAUGUCCGUCAUCUUGGGGGUCAUUCACAUGACCUUUGGGGUCAUCCUGGGUGUGUUCAACUACCUACAUUUCAGACAGAGGUUUGGCCUGUACUUGCUCUUUUUGCCGGAGCUGCUCUUCCUGCUCUGCCUCUUCGGCUACCUGGUCUUCAUGGUGGUGUAUAAAUGGCUGGCCUUCUCUUCCCGGCACUCUGCCCUGGCCCCCAGUAUCCUGGUCCACUUCAUUAACAUGUUCUUGAUGCAAGGAGAGGCCCUGGAGUCACUAUACCCUGGCCAGAUGGGGUUACAGGUCUUCCUGCUGGUGGUGGCAUUCUUGUCUGUUCCAGUACUGCUGCUGGGGAAACCGUUAUACCUUUACUGGUUACACCAAGGGGGCAAGAGCCUGGGUGCCUACCGGGGUUAUGAGCGGGUGAGGAGGGGCAGUGAAGAUGAUGUUGCAGUGAUGCGAGACAAUGAUACAGAGGAUGGAGGAGGACUUAGCGAUCCCACCAACAGGGAGAUCCAAAAAAGGUUUGACUUGGGAGAAGUGCUGCUCCACCAGGUGAUACACACCAUUGAGUACUGCUUGGGUUGCAUUUCUAACACUGCAUCCUACCUGCGCCUCUGGGCCCUCAGCCUGGCACAUGCCCAGUUAUCAGAGGUGCUGUGGAACAUGGUCCUGAGGCCAUCCUUGCGUGUGGACUCCAAGUACACAGGAGUGCUGCUGGUCCCUGUGUUUGGCCUGUUUGCUACACUCACUGUCUCCAUCCUGCUUCUAAUGGAGGGCCUUUCAGCAUUCCUCCAUGCCCUGCGGCUUCACUGGGUGGAAUUCCAGAACAAGUUCUACAACGGGAAUGGCGUGAAGUUUGUCCCCUUUGCUUUUUCCCUGCUGCCCUCUAUCCUGGAACAGGAUGGCUUCCUGUCGGAUUGAUUCGCUCCUGCUGCCAAGGCUCUUCUUUUCUUCAUGAUCUAUUCAGAGGAAUCUGGUCACUUUAUUGUUUUUUUGCUUGUUUUUUUAAGUUUAUGACUUUUUUUGGUAUCAGACUUGGCUCCACCCUUCUUGACUGCAGUAACUGAACAUUUUAACCAGUGAAAUAGAGACAAAGAUGGUACUACCAGUCCACAUCUCUGGUUUUAGUUUUCAGUUUGGAUUUACAGUCUACUCCAUCACUGAUGCCCUCAGCCGCUUCACACUUACUGGGUUUCUGCUGAUGUUUUAUGGUUUCCACAAUGGUGGAAAUGGGGAAAUGGGGCAUAUGAGAAUGUAGUCAGCAGCCUGACUCCACCUCAUCAACAAGAGGAGACCUCAGAGGAUGUAUAAAAGGCUACCUGGUAGUUGCAUCACCUUUCAGCUGGCAUGGACAUAGCCAUGGAACAUUUGAAUUGAUAGAUAUGGUCAUAGGUGCAGCGUCAACACACUUUACAUUUAGCCUGAGUAAAUCAGUUUGGCAUGUCCACAGACUGAAGAUCCCAAGUUUGACCUGAAGGACCUCAUGCAGUACAGACAUAGAUGUUGUACAUUGGAGACAGAUACUUUUCCUAAGAAAACAUCUGGGAGUAUCUGGUACAUAGUACAUUGUAAUUUUCGAUGCCAUAAUAUUGACUGUUAGACAAAGACGUCAUUGGCUGUGGGUCUGGUAAGUUUGGAUAAUUUACUGUCAAGGUGGUCUUUUGCUGUGCCUGGCUAAUGGACUGGAAAUAAGAUUGUUGUAUAACUUUUAAAAUAUACAUUAAAAGUAGUUCUACAACAAGGCUGCAGUUAAAGGUCCAUUGCCACAAUAAUGCUUAAAAAAUUUAUUUUAGCUUCCUGUGAGCAGGUGUACCUGAAUCUGUCUAGAAAUCUGGCACUCUGUCUUGUUCCUUUUUUUCCAAGUUUCUUAACUGUGAGCUAAUUUAAUGGAUUAUUAUAAUAAAAUGUCACUUUUGAGCACGAGGUAAAUCACCACCAGCUGGUCCUUCCAUCAUUCCAUGAAAAUAAAGCAAAGUUCUCCGAGUACAACCUCUAGCCCUCUUACAUUAUGGACACGAAACAUAAUUAAAAUUCAUUCAUUAAAGAAUAUUCUCCUCAUAUGAUGCAUCAGCCCAAUGAAACUUUUUCUUUCUCUACAUUCAAACAAUGCAGUACUGUCAUUGAACAAUUUCUGUAACAAAUGGCUCAUCUGUGCUCAACAUAAGCUGGAUUUGCCAUUUUCACUUGCUUGUCUGAACAA